AUGCAGCAAGAAGUAGCGUGGGAGGGGGAGCUGCCAUGCACAAAGUGGGACUGUGAGUGUGCAUUCAAGCGCCAGCGGGGCUGCUGCUGUGCCGGCCCUGAGCUCCAAGAGAUGGAGGAUCAAAUCUUCGGAAGGGUGAUGGACCUGUCAAUGAGCGUAUCCCAGCUGGGUGACCACAUCCUUGAAGUCAUAGGAGGGAUGAGGAUUGCGUUCACUGCCUAUUUAAGCCCCAGAACAAACUGCUUUGGACCUUUCACCAGGAACAGACCCAUUCCUUAUGAUGUUAUCAGCCUAAACCAUGGAAGUGGAUUUAACUCUGCCCUGGGUACAUUCACAGCUCCUCGUUCUGGGAUGUAUUCCUUCUCCUACUCUGUCUACUCCCAGAUGAGCAUGGCAGGCGACAGGAUGUACUACAAGGUGCAACUCAUGCAAAACGGGGAGGUGGUGGCAUCCACUUGGGAGGACAACAGGGGGGACUCAGAAGACAGCAGUUCCCAGACAGUACUCCUGUUGCUGCAGCAGGGAGGCCAGGUCUAUGUAGAGCUGAUAAGUGGCAGGCAGCUAUGUGGGAAUAUCCAGGGCCUAAACACCUUCUCUGGCUCACUGGUUUACCCCUUGAUGGCUUAA